GUAUCACUAACCGGCUGACUCAACCCUAGUUUUUACUUCAGUACUAACCGUCUACUUCUGCGUUGUCAGCGUCGAUUUGAGUCAGAUGGAAAUCCUAAAUCUGUCGGCGUCUUUUUUACCGAGUCAUGGAAAUAACUAAUCAAGACCCCACGAUCAGCUGAAAUGUUCCCUUUUUUGUAGCCUGGGGAACCCUUCCAGACCAUCAGAGAACCAUGGAGCCAGACGUGAUCCGUAUGUUCUCUUCCUCCCCACCCCCAAUGGAGGAUGGAGCUGAGGAUGAGGAGGAUGAGUUUGGUGAUUUUGAUGGCUUCUCCAGCGUUCCCAACAGCCUUAGCUUCUCUGAAUUUGAUACCCCCACCACCUUCAACCAGGCUCAGGCUCUGACUGCCACCUCUCCACCUGAGUUAAUCAAUAAUGGUAGGGUGGUCCAGGGGCUCCCCAGCCUCACCUCCACUAAUGGGACAGCCCAUCCGCCUGAUGAGGUCGCUAAGGCCAAUGGCACUGUGCAUGGAGGCUGUCAGGGCAGCGGUUUCUCGGCCAGAACUGUCAACCGUGAGAUAAAAAAAACUUUGUCAAACUCUCUGGAUCACCCGGGGAGUGGCUUGGCUGGCAGCCAGCCUACCAGUGGUAUGGAUGGAGAUGCUGAGGUGCUGACUAAUGGGUAUGUGGCAAUGGAAGUUGAGGGAAGCCCUUCCUCACCAAAUUCUGUCCACUGUGGUAAAAAAGGAACUUCCACUGAAGACAAUGGGGCCCUCCCAACCUGCAACCCAGAUGACGAUUUUGCUGACUUUGCUGCUUUCUCAAAUACUGAAGGACACUUUGGCCAGACGGCAAACACAAACAAGGACUCAGUUAAUCCUCAAGGGGGUUGCUGGCUAGAGGAGGGUGUCUGUCAAGGGCACCGUUACAUAGAACAGGGAAUCACUUUGGAGGAAAAUAUCAGGGACAUAAACAGAACUGGACCUGCUUCGGCCCACUCUGAUUCCAUACCUGUCUCUGCUGGGUCCCCUGAUCGGGGCUCUCACUCAGUCGUUGACUCUAAUCAAAGGGACACAGCCUUUGCACAAGAGCACUCUGCUUCUGAGGCAGUUUGCACUAAGGAGCCACCUGCCUUGAAUUGUGUUGGUGUGGAUGGCUCUGAGGACGUAGGAGCAGUCAGUGGGGAACACAGCCUCUCACUGGAGAUGACCGCAGAUGGCAACAGGGGACAGUCAGAAGGGAAGGGGUCUGGCAACGAGACAGAAACAGAGACGGAAACAUCGUUUGGCCGGCCACUGUCUACAGAUGCCUUGGAAGAAUAUGGGGACAUGAGCACCACGGGCUCGGUUCCCUCCCCUCCUCUCCAAGAGGAAACAGCCACGCCCGCAGACCACAGCCAGCUGGCUGAGGAUGAGGAUUUUGGGGACUUUGGAGACGCGGGAUCCUAUGGUGGGCAGGGGUUCGCUGACUUUGAGCAGAUAGAGGUCCAACAGGAGGAGAAUGUGUCCACCUCUGCAAGGGAAAAAAUGGAUACAGUGGAGGACAAGGGUGCUGAUGAUGACGACGAUGACUUUGGCGAUUUUGACACCCCCAAUUUUCCCCCCAGCAGACCAGAGGGGAAAGAUGGAGGUGAAUUUUCGGAUUUCCCUGGCAGUGAGAGUUAUGGGAAUUUUAGUUGUGCAUUUGUGGGUGUGGACUCAGAAGCAGACACAGGAUGGAGAGCCUUCAAUGAACCUGAACAAGGGAAAGGGGAGGGAGAUUCCUGGGCAGCAUUUAGCGAUGAGCCCAGCUCUGUUGCACCCCAGGUAAUACAAGAAAAUGGGUCACAGGACAUCAGAGCUGUUGCUGCCCCUCCUCCCUUUAGUGACCAAACCUGCCGGACAGAUGCUCAUUCAGCGUCACUGUCUAGCCGUUUGGAAAAGCUGUUUCAGAACAGCUUCCCUGAGACUCCUGUCCCUCAGAUGGAAGAGGAGGUGAUGCCCUUGAAGAGCGUUCUGGAGACUCCCAAGGAGAUACCCCAACCUGGACAAAAGGAGGAGAGGAUGCCAACUAGCAAUGGGACCAUGCACAGGGACGUUUGGAGGCAGCUUCAGGACAUCCACGAGGCUUUUGGCCUCCGACACCAGUGGGGUGGUUCCCAUAGCAACAAGACCCUUCUGUGCUCCCUGGGAAUCGACAUCCGAAACAUUCUGUUCACAGGACAGAAGAAACAGCCACUCAUUGUCCCCAUGUAUGCUGCUGGCCUGGGCAUGCUGGAGCCAACCAAAGAACCUGUGAAACCCAUAUCUGCAGCGGAGAUGAUCGCCUCCAUAGCACAAGCCCCUCCUGUGGAUCCAGAGAAAAGCACGUGUGUCCCAGACACAGCCCAGCAGGAGGUGCUCCCACCCGUCCAGUUUGACUGGAGCAGCAGUGGCCUUACAAACCCCCUUGACGCAAGUGGCGGUUCUUCUCUAUUGAACCUGGAUUUCUUUGGUCCUGUGGAGGAUUCUGGCUCCACCAGCUCCACCUCCAUUCCAGGCGUGGACCCAGAGCUCUACGAAUUGACCACCGCCAAGCUGGACACCAGCAGCUCCACCAGCCGCGUGGCCGACGCGUUCGCCCGCCUCAUGUCCACCAUGGAGAAGACCAGCACCUCCACAAGGAAGCCCAGAAGGGAAGAGAACCUGAGCGAGGAGGCAGCCAAGGUCAUCGCAGCCCUGCCAGACCUGUCCUUCAUGCAAGCCAAGGUCCUAAUGUUUCCCACCACACUGACGCCUCUGGGGUACUCCCAGUCUACACCAGACUGAGCACCCCUGCUGCCUCCUCCCUGGUCCCGAGCCCUUGCCACAGACCCCGCCACCGACACACACACACACACACACACACACACAUACACACACAGUGUCCUAUCCUCAACUUUAUCCCACUGUUUUCUUUCUUUUUUCUUUUUGCUUCCACAUGGUGGCUUCCUGCCCUUUAUUUUAUAUUUGCUCUUUUAUUUCUGAUUUUAAACAAGUUAAGCAUUUAUAUAUCGGUUUGAGAUAUGGAUUAAAGCUGGUCGGAUCCGGCGGGGUGUGGGAGUCAG